UGCCCGGAGCUCCGGCGGAAGUGGGCGGAGCUUCCAGCAGCUCUGUGACAGACACUUUCAGGAAGUGCUCGAGGAGGAUCCAGUGACCUCAAUCAGCGGCGGCAGCAGCAGUGGACGACGCAUCACCUGCGUGCUGUCAGUUGCUGAAAUCGGUUUCCGUCAGACGACUGCGGCUGGUGAGCAGGAAGACGAGACGACACACACAGGAAGAGAGAAAAGAGAGUCAGAGGAGGAAGUCAGAGCAGAAGGAACAUGACCGAAUUCUGGGUGUGUUUCAGCUGCUGCAUCGCUGAACAGCCGCAACCUAAGCGGAGGCGGAGAAUAGAUCGCUCCAUGAUUGGAGAACCCACAAACUUUGUUCACAUGACACAUGUGGGUUCAGGGGACAUGGGUCUGAGGCUGUCAGCUGUGGAUUCUGUGCAGGCGCAAAUGAAAUCUAAAGGUGGAUAUGAAAAUGGCACAGCGGACAGCGUACAGGGCUAGACAGGAGCAUGUGAAGCACAGACCGAUGGACAUGCAUCACAGACACUGGAGCUCAGAGGUCACUGCACUGGCGUCUGGACGCUUGUAGAUAUUUUUGUAAUGAAAGCACUGCUAUUCUUUUACUGCUGUGUUCAUCCUUCUGUGCAAUGAGACCUUUAAUGGUAGAGAUGGAUGAGAAUAGCUGUUGAUUGAUUGUGUAAGGGAUCAAUUGUGAUUAUAUUUUGUCCAUGAAUCUGUAUUUAUUUCAUGGUUGAACAGUGGCUGGGCCACACAACAUCUCAUACUUACACAAAUUCACACACACCAAACGUUUUAGAGCCGUUCUUAGAUUUAUCUGAACUGCUUUUUGUUAUGGUUUAUACCUUUCAAAUAUUCCCUGGCUCAUGGAAUAUUCUUUUUUUAUCUUUUAAAUGUGCGGUAAACUUGAAAUGUGCAGCUCACUGUAAUGUUUGUGUGAUGCGUUGACGGGAAAUAUUUUUGUACAAAUCAUGUUCAUUUUCAUUCUGAUGCCUAAAUAAAAAACAAAGUCUUCAAAUUUGCAUUGGUAUUGUUGCGAUGACAGCUGUACAUAUUUUAAACAAAGAGUCAUGCUUCUAAUAAACACCUGGAU